AAAGGAGAGGAAAAAGACUAAGGUGAAGGAGAAAAGACUUGAAAAAACAAAUGAUGGUGCAUGGAGUAUUUCCCUCCAUGAAUUGGACAAAAUAUAAAAAUAGAUCAUCUUUUUCUUUGACUUGAAUUUUGUAGCCACGAGACACAUGGAUAUAUGGGCACAAACACAUAGAACACUUGGAUAAUAAACAUAAAGCUUUGGACACUAAACAAGGGCCGUCUAUUAUAAUAACGUAUAAUAUUUUUUAUUUUUUUUCCCUUUCUUAUUCACAUAAAAAUAUUCCCUACUCCCUUCUCAUUUUUUUCUCUCUUCUUUCUUCCACUUUCUCCUUCUCUCAUUUCUCCCGUUUGUGCAAAAUUUUACCCUUUUUUUCAGCUACAAAAUUCUCUGAUGGGGAGCGAUUCGGAAACUGCCCUUCUUCUCUUUCCCAAUUCAGCCGAAACCAACAAAAUUCCAACAGAUACAUUCAACUUGACUUACAUUACAUACUUCAUUUUAGGCCUGGGGAGUCUCCUGCCAUGGACCACCUUCAUAACGACCAUCGAUUAUUUCUCCCACAUCUACCCCCAAACCCACACCAACCGCAUCUUCGCUGCGGCUUUUACACUCACGGCCCUCAUCGGCCUUGUUUCGGUCGUUUUUUCGAGUCGGAGGUCGGACGCUCGAGUCCGAAUCAAUGUGGGCUUGGGCCUCUAUGUGCUGGACCUAAUGGUGGUGCCUCUUUUAGAAGUAUUCUACAUUAAAGGUCAAGUUGGGCUCUUUAACGGCUUCUAUGUCACUGUUGGAGCCGUUGUCAUGUGCGGUGUUGCCGAUGCGCUCGUCCAAAGCGGCGUCAUUGGCUCUGCCGGCGAACUCCCGGAGAGAUAUAUGCAAGCUGUUGUCUCCGGGAAGGCUGGUUCUGGCCUUAUGGUGUCGGUGCUGAGGAUGGUAACAAAAGGCAUAUACCCACGAGACACCAAUGGGUUGCGAAAAAGCACAAUCCUCUACUUUUCUGUGGGAAUCUCAAUCAUAGUUGUGUGUAUUAUAUUGUACAAGGCAGCAGCAAAGCUUCCCGUUUUGAAGUACCGCCUGAAUUUGAACAAUGAAGAGAAACAAAGAAAAGGUUGUGUAUUUGGGUCCAUAAGCAGAUCAACCUUAUGGGAAAUAUUAAGCACUAUCAAACUCUAUGCAUUUGGAGAAGUGAUCAUCUUCGUGGUAUCUCUGUCGAUAUUUCCGGGGUUCGUUACAGAGGAUGUUCAUUCGGAGAUUUUGAAGGACUGGUAUCCCAUUACUCUGAUUUCUUGGUAUUAUGCGUCUAGUCUAAUUGGGAAGUAUUUUGCUUCAGUUUAUGUGAUUAAAAAUCCCAAGAUUACAGUUGGGAGCUGUGUGGCCAGGGUGUUGUUUUACCCACUCUUUAUUGGAUGCUUAAAUGGGCCCCGAUUCCUUAGAACCGAAAUUCCUGUGUCACUUCUGACUUGCCUUCUCGGACUUAGCGGUGGCUAUUUAGACGCUGUUUGCAUGAUCUCCGCACCCAAAAUGGUGCCAUUUGAACAUGCUGAGGUUGCGGGGAUUUUAAUGGCCAUCUCCUUGGUUUCUGGUUUGGCUAUUGGUUCUGUUCUUGCUUGGUUCUGGGUCAUUUAAGUUUCCUCCUCUUCCCUUUUUUUCUUUUCUAAUAACAAGUUUGGUCUACAAAUUGAAGUUGUGUCUAAUACCUCCCUCCUAAGUUUUAAAUAGUCUCUAGAACUUUCAAUUUUGUGUUGUCCUAUUAGACAUCUUUUGUAAUUCAAGAACCUACCAAACACAAAAUUGAAAGGUAAGGGACUUAUACACAAAAUUCAACUUUGUGUCACUUGCUCUUUGAAUUGUGGAAAAUGUCUAAUAGAAUAUGAAAUUGAAAGUUCAUAAAAUGAAAUAGAAGUAAAGGAAGGAAAACAAGAAUGGAAACCAUAGGAACCAUGGAACAACAUAAAAGGAAACUCAUCCUACUCAUCUCACAGAAUCAUAACAGCUCACAAAUCAAAUUGUGCUGGACACAUGAGUAUUCCUUUUCAUAUUAAAGCUAAAGCUAUCUUGAAUUUAAUAUAAAUAUCGAGCGCGAUUCGAUUCAGCUUAAGAGCCAAGUAGUGCAAUCGCAUAGGUUAUGCUAGAUUUCAUAAAUCUCUAGAUGUGACUGAUAAUUCUGGAAGAGCAAAAUGGAGGAACUAAUAAUCGAAGUAAAAUUUGUAAGACCGGCAUCAAAUUCAUUCGCCAAGAUGGAAAUUAAAGCAAUGACGGUGCAUUCGAUUUCAGAGGAAGGAGAAUGCAGAAAAAUUGUAGGUGAAGGGGGAAAAUUACCUUGA